AUGAAUCAACUGGCGGAUUCAGACGAUGACUGCAACUUUAGCGAGCCGUCUGGAUCUGAUGUAAGAGGCCUUCCAAGGAUGUUAUCACAACGUAUGGUGUUGGGAGACGGUGAUCGACAGACACUGCUAAAGGCUGACAGCAAACGAUCCCUUCUCACCAAAAGCCUCAGCCGGUCAAUGGUCAAGCUGAAGAAUACUGUCACACACAAGGGAGAUAGCGAGGAAGCAGGAGAAGAGGUUGUUUCCUUGAUGGAGUAUGAAAUGCUCAAGGCAAAGUAUCACGUUUCUGAAGGCACUGUCAUUCAGCAAAAGGAAGAGAUCGAGCAUCUUCAGAUGCAACUGAAUGAUAAAGAUGACGUUAUAGACAUUCUUAUGCAGCGAUUGGAAGCAAAAUCAGCAGCUGAUGCGAAUGCGAAUGCUAUGACUUCACAAAGAAGCAAAGGUCCUCCGAUGCAAAACAAGCGGACAAGCUCUCUGGAAGAAAUACGUCUAAAGAAGCGUCAGCUCGAACGUGCUCAUUCUCUCAGAUCGCCAAGGACGAUAUGGAAUGGACUCCAAGCACUUGAAUCUGUUCUCAACUUUGGGGGACGUGGUGGUGAAAGUGGGAAUCCGACAACAGCAGCUGAUUCCCAGCCUAAGGAACCCAUUUCUGCAAACAAUGAGAAGUCACAGCUACAAGAUACAAAGGGCCAUACUCAAGAGAGCAGUGAUGAUCAAUUGGAAACGGAAGGCAGUCCCAAGUCCCCACAUCGUCGCCGUCGACAAAUAAUGACCAAGCAAUCCUCGAAGCGGAACAAGCGGCGGAAGAAUUCAGUGGAGAGUCAUAACAAUAAUUCUGAAACAUCCCAUGAUGAUUCCCAAGAUCUUACGAACACCCCUCUUCAAUCGGAAAAGAGAGUGCUCACGUCGAGUGCCAAAGAGGGGAUGAGUCCUAAAGAUAGAUCCAAGUCACCACAUUCCCGGCGACAACUGCUGACCAAGCAAUCCUCCAGGCGCAACCGCCGCAAAAACUCUACAGAAACGGGCCUUCAUAAUAAUGCAGAAACGGACGCAAAAAAUGAUAAUAAUGACCCAGCUGCUGACGAGACGAAAGAGGGAAGGCAGAAUGAUCGGUCUCAAUCCAAGUCUCCGCACAGCCGUCGACAACUGCUGACCAAGCAGUCCUCAAAGCGGAACAAUCGGCGGAAGAGUUCUUUGGAGAACGCUGAAUCGUCGCAAUUUAGUCCUGAAGCGACGGCUGAAGUGACAUAUCUCAACAUCACCCCAUCAGGACAACUGCAAAAGUAUGUUUUGCCCCCAUUACUUAUUAUGGGAGAAAAUCAACAUGCAACAGAGGAUGCAACGAGAGGUGGGUCAAUUUCUCCCAACAAUCGGCACGAGAAAAGUGUUUCGAAGCAAGUCAAAGGACGGCCAUCCCGGCGGCGGUCGGAUGACAGCGCACCGGACGCUGUACGAAACUUUCGGCGAAAGUUGGUUGGCGAUAGUGUCAAUGGCGGCGAAACCAGGCUUGUGAGGAAGAAUAGAGCACAAGCAAGAUCGGCAAAGGCGAGAGGAGAAAUGAAAAAGAGCGAUCAUGGCACUUCUGACGCCACCUUGCCAUUUGUGUCGCCACGAGCAGCGGCACGUCGAAGUCGACGUGCAGAUCGCCAUGAAUCAUUCACUGGUGACACCAAGGAUGAUGUAGCACCUGGAUCUCGAACAUCGUUGUCACCGAAGCGAACUGCACCUGGAUCUCGAACAUCGUUGUCACCGAAGCGAACUGCACCUACAGCGCUUCCAAAUACACCCAUCUUUCCUGCAAGCAUGGGAAACGACUUCAACGAUCCAGGCUUUGCUGAUUUUUUUGACACAUCCAAAGAUCUAAUAGUUGGCAAAUCUCAAGCUCAAGAUGGCACCUUCGUAGCGAGUUUUGGGGGAUCCAAAUUUGGAACAAGUCAAGUUAUCAAUAAGGAUGAACAGCAGAACGGGAGAUCACACGGCAUGGAACAGGGGGGGGUGGACGAGGUCAAGGCGAGCGAGCAUUCUUCGCAAGAAGUAGUUGGGGCUUCGGGGGAUGUGCAAAAGCGAAGCAAUGGGUCAAGUCAUGAGAAAUCUGGUCACUCAGUAUCCACUACGGAUACCAAUGCAUUUUCUACAGACUUCAGCAUGCUAUCGUUUAAUAUGGACGGAAUCGCGGAAGAAGGUGAAAAGCCUGUUGUUGACUUAAGCAAUCUAAAUGAGAGAAAGUCAAGCCAGUCGAUCAGUAUCUUAUCCGGAAAUGCAAUAGCGUCAGACGAAAAGGAAGAGGAAUUGGCUACUGUGACCUCGAAGCCUCCGGAUGAAACAGAUAUUCCAGAAGAAGUCAUCACUGCUGCAUUAGAAUCCCUUUCUCGGCCAGAAUCAACUCCUGUUUCGCCGAUGGUCGCCCAAGUGGAAAAAGAAACAAAGCCAACCACUGGGCGCGGUCGGGACUAUCUCUUGAAUAUGAACCGCAACGAAACACUUGGAAAUGCACAGGGGGGCGAGUCGAGCAGAAGUCGGUCUCUUUCGCCCGGGUGGGUUUCACCGAGGACUCCUUCUGGAAGGCGCAAGCUCCGAAUCAAGAAGGAAACAAACUCGACAAAAAAGGAACCAAACUUGAACAAAGACUUUUUGAAGGCUGAGUUUCAGAAAAAUGUAAAAAAGUUUGUCAUGCUGAAUGACCAAUUCCAACAGGAGGCAUUGCCAGAUUUAGAAGCAGAGAAGUCGGUCGACAUGCGAAGCAUAAGUUGCAGUUUCAGUAAUCUGGGAGACGAUGUUCUGGAGGAUGAAAGUAAAAGGGACGAAAUACUGGGGUCGCCGCUGUCAGAAAAAUUGCCUGGGGAACUUCGGCAACCACCAAUACCAAUACAGCCACCGCCAAUGAGUUCCAUCUCCCAACCAUUAAGUGCUGGUGCUGCAAAAAAAGCCAAAUCAGUUCGUUGGGAGUUGGAACAAAACUUAUAUCGGCUGAACCUGAUUCCGGUGUAUGACACAGAUCAAAAGAAGGCGUGUUUCUACAACGAAGAAGAGAUCAAAAAAUUUCGAUUCGAAUUGUUCAUGGAACAACAUGCUGAAGAUUUCGACAUACAUUCGGUUGGGGAUGAUAUGGCCGAUGAUAUUCUCGACGAUAUGUCAUUUGCGGACGAAAUUGUCAGUGACGAAGACAUCGUCGACUUGGGAAGUUUUCGUAUAGAUUCAAGAAGGGGAAGUAUGUAG